UAGGAAUGGGACGAGUUUGAGGUGUUACUUUAAUUUGCCUUUCUCUAAUUAUUACAGGCAAAGGAUUUGGGGAAGGAAAUGAUAAAUCACUCCAGAAUCUCUGCAAGAAAACCCCAAACCCAAAUAGAGUCACAAAGUAUCUGAAAGAACAAAGCCAUGACAAUGGUUUGGGGCAUUUUUUCCCCACAAGAUUACAUACAAUUUGUGUUUAUUCACAUCCUUUGAUCUGUCAGUGGGGGAAUGGCUCCAGUUCUCUUUAAGCUUCUAGAGAGGGAGCUGUUUAACGUCCUGCAUUUUACUCCUAUUUAACACUCCUUGAGAUGUAGCGUGUCCAAGGCGCUGCGGCUUCGGCGCCCUUAGCAGCCGUUUCCAGUCCAUUUAAGCAGCAGAGGAGGGAACGGGCCUAGCCCGCCGGGACCGGCCCAAGAUUUCAACGGCAGGGAACGAAGAGUUGCACUUUGCACUUCUGACUACAAAUGCAGCGUGCGUACAAGCAAGCAAACGCACGGCGGCUGUGACGUCACUAACGCCCAGUAAUUCCAGAGAGCGCUAAUAACUUGACAGCCCGGCAAAGGCGCUUGCGUACAGAAGCACUUUCAGAAGUAAUUUCAGUUUUACACGUCCUCUCGGGCAACGUUCUACAAAACGACAGAGAAGGGGGCGUGACGUAACGGCAAGGAAGGGACUGGAAUGAAUGGGUCCGGGAAGAAUCUCCAUCCGUGGGCGGGGCUUUUCCGGGACCGAGUCCGCGUCCACUUCUUUCUCACUGGGUCAAGUGCAGAUAGAAGGGAGCGUCUCACACCACAAGGCUGUCCCGGUACAAUUCCGAGGAGGCUUCAGUUCUAAAGGCAGAGCGGGGCUGGAUUAGGAGUCCACCCUUAAAGCCGUAGCUUAAGGUCCUCUCCUUCACACCCAAGAUGGCGGCCUGGAGGUGGGGGUGGGGUCGGGGUCGGUCACGUGGCAACCGCAAGCUCUGACGUGGAGCUCUCUCCCUCGCCUGCUCCGCGGCCUACCCAACGUGUCCCUCUCGGCACCCCGUCAGCGUUUCCUUCUCUCCCAUCCUCCUGCCCCAAUGGCGGCGCCCAGUGGCCAUGGCAGCCCCUGGGUCUCACUCCUUCUGCUCCUGGCAGUGGCGGCGGCGGCGGCGGGCGGCAACGAUGGUAACCGCGCCGUGGAGUUUGACGUGCGGCCCGGCGGGGUGGUGCACUCCUUCUCGCAGAGCCACGCGCAGGUGGGAGGGCACACCUGCACAUUCACAUAUGCUUCUCAAGGUGGGACUAAUGAGCAAUGGCAAAUGAGCCUGGACCUCAGCGAUGACAGCCGACUCCUCACCUGCGUCAUUUGGAGACCUCAGGGAAAAUCUUACUUGUUCUUUACUCAAUUUAAGGCAGAAGUGCAGGGAGCAGAGGUCGAAUAUGGCAUGGCUUAUUCUAAAGCUUCAACUGGAAAAGAUGCAGAUGUUCCCCUGAAACCUGAAGAAUUUGAAGUGACCAGCACUGCAGUGAUCCACAGGCAAGGGGCAUUCCGAUCUGAACUGUCCAAAAUUGUGUUAGUGGCCAGAACGGGCCACAUCGAACUGUGAUCCGAAGCUUCCUCUGAAGUUUGUCUUGUCUUGUCUCUACUGAAGUGACCAGAGGGGACAAUAUCAUAUCCUGGUUUCCUAGGGGGUUUUCAUGGUUUGCCAACAGAUGUAUACGUUGCUGUGCUUGGGGUGUUGAGGCCAGUACUCUGCAGUUGUCAGAGGGAAUAAGGCUCGGAGGCCUUUCUUUCAGGCAAGCAGGGCUGGUCCAGAUCCCCGGCCUGCUCCCAGACAGCCUGUCCCUGCUUUUCCUUCCAUACCUCAUGGUACUACAGUUCCAAACAAGACUCCUUUGAUGCUUCCUCAUAAGGGGAAGUAAGGAGGUAGGGCUAAAGCAAGCAAUCCCAGGGGCCUCAGAAUCACCUCAGCGUCGCAGAAGCAGACUUGCCUUCCUGCCCAGAUGGGUGCCUCUGUCCAGGGGGCAUAGCCCUUUGCCCAGACAAGGGGAAGCCUGUCCUCUGCUGCCCCGUGUCCAGGACCAACACCAUCGGUAUGAGGAAGGGGAAGGGCAGCUUGACUCUGACACACACAGAAAUCCAGCCAACUUGUUCGGUGUCUCAGUACAAUUUCAGGACUAUUUUCCUACGUCUACCCCAUUUAUUUCCUUAUAGAUCGACUGUGAAGGGCAUUCAACAUUCUUUCAUGUCUAAAUAAAUGAGGGGGGCAGGGCAGGGUUUAAAAACUC